AUGAGAAAUGACAAUAAUAAACAGCCCCCAGUCCCCGGAGGCCCCGCUAUUCCUGGGUACGGUGGCGACCAUGGUAAGGGCGGGGCAGGGGGUGCUAAAAUCUCCGGUGGAGAAUUAAAGAAUGAUUUUGAAAAAAAAUUUAAUUCCAUGGAGUCAAAAAUAUCAAAAAUGGAAAACCAAAUUACCACAAAAAUAUCAAAACAUAUGGAUGAAAAAUUUCAUACGAUUGAGAAAGAGUUGGGAAAUAUUCGAAUAAAAGAGGAAGAGCAAGAAAAAAGGUUAGAUGCGCUAGAAAAGAACAAUGUACAGAGAAACCUCGUAUUUUUUGGAGUCGAAGAGAAUGAAAAAUCGUAUUAUGAUCUUCAAGAAAAAAUUAUAGACAUAAUAAAAAACGACAUAAAAGUUGAAAUACAACAAAGUGAACUACAAGCAUUAAGAAGAUUGGGAAAAAAAGGACAUAAAACCAGACCUAUCUCUGUGAUGUUUACUACAUUAGGAAAGAAAAUUAGUAUUUUGAAAAACAAAAAUAAAUUGGAAAAUACAAACAUAUACAUAAAACACGAAUUCCCUGCAAAAAUUCUGAAAAUAAGAGAGGAACUAAAAAUUCAACAACAAAAAGAAAAUGAAAAGGGCAAUAUAGCAUACAUCAAAUACGAUAAACUUGUUGUUAAGGAAAAAUAUAAAGAUACAAUACGGGUGGUCGCCGCGAGGAAGUUAGACCAAAACCCUCCAUCUCAAACUCAAAAAUAUACUAACCUGCACCUCCUCACAUACAAUGUAAGAUCGCUUGUGGAUAGCACAAGACUACCACAACUAGAACACAGUUUAAGAAAUAUAAAAUGGGAUGUUAUAGGACUGUCAGAGAUAAAAAAAGCCGGUCAACAGAUAGAGGAACAUGGAAACUUUGUACUCCUCUACUGUGGCGAACAAAGCGGAAGAAAUGGUGUCGGUUUCUUAAUACAAAAUCACUUGAAAAAAUAUAUUGACAACUUUAGUUUUUAUACAGACAGAAUAGUCCGUCUAGACAUGAACUUUAACAAUAAUUAUAUAACCUUCAUACAAAUAUAUGCACCGACAGAAAAAGCACCAGAAUCAGAAAUAGAAAACUUCUAUAAUGACUUAAGAAAAGCGAUGAAAGAUAUCAAAAAGGAUACUUUUAUCGUAGGCGAUUUUAACGCUAAGAUUGGUUUGCCAAGAGAAGAAGAAAACCUAGUGACAGGAAAGUUCGGAUAUGGGAGUAGAAACAGUAGAGGACAACGAUUAAUAGAAUUCUGCUACGAGAAUAAAUUGACAAUAACAAACACAAAAUUUAGAAAGAACACAAAAAAUAAAUGGACCUGGCAAUCUCCCGACGGAAACACAAGAAAUGAAAUUGACUACAUAUUAGCUAAAAAUAUAAAAAUAGUUAGCGAUACUGAAGUACUGAACAUACCAUUUUCAUCUGACCAUAGGGCUGUAAGGACAACAAAAGAAGUAGAAAGAAGAAUAGCAUUGGCAUGGAAAAAGUACUGGUCCUUAAAAGAAAUAUUCAAAGGAAACUUCCCAUUACAAAUAAAAAAGAAAAUUAUGGACUCAAACGUUCUACCAACUCUUACUUACGGAUGUCAAACUUGGGUCUGCAAUGCAGAAAUAAAAAGAAAAAUAAGAUCAUUUCAAAGAGCUACAGAAAGAAGUAUGUUAAAAAUCAAACUACAAGAUCGAAUCAAUAGCAGCAAAAUUAGAAGGAGAACAAAAAUUACAGAUGCCCUAACGACAAUAGCGAGGCUUAAAUGGAAAUGGGCGGGACAUGUCAUAAGAUCCAGUGACGGUAGGUGGAGCGAGCGCAUCCUACAUUGGUUCCCUCGUGAUGGUAAGAGAGACCGUGGUCGACCUCUUAGAAGAUGGAAGGAUGAUAUAGAGGCAGUAGCGGGAAACCUGUGGACACGUACUGCAAAAGAAAGAGACAAAUGGCACGAGAUGGAGGAGGCCUUCAUCCAACAAUGGAUGAUCCCUGAAUAG